GCUCCCAUCCCCAAGUGCUCCCUUACGCUUCCUUUUUCACUCUCGUAUCAUCCCGCCCGGCUCCCCGAUGCGCACCUCGCGUAUAGCCCGAGACACGUCCAAAAUCCUCGCCGCGACGACUCGUGGUCCUUCAUUACGUCGCACGCGAGCCGCCACAAAUACUCUAAACGCGGUCGAGGCUGGUGGUGUCGCAAAGGUCGGGACGCGCGAGUCAGAAUCAGCUGUUCACGAUGAAGCACCCCACUCCGACUCGGAUUUGAGUUCUGUGCCGGACGAUGCCUUGUCGGAAAGCAGCGAUGCAAUUGUGGGCCAGAAGAGAAAGAGGAGAGAGCCAGUUACCGUGAAGCAGGAGGUCAAGGAGGUGAGCAUAACGGCCAUCACGUCUCCGAAGAAUGAGAGCAAGUCCAAGAAGGCGCGACGGGUGCCUGCUAAGAAGAUCACCGGGAAGGAUGGCAUUGUCAAGGUCGAGCCUCCGCCUAGCUGGGAGGAGAUUUACUCUCUGACUAGGGAGAUGCGCAACGAGAAUGUUGCUCCUGUAGACACAAUGGGUUGCGAGAGCCUCGCAGACCGCACCGCCUCACCCCGAGAUCAGAGAUUCCAGACGCUCAUCUCCUUGAUGCUGUCUAGCCAGACAAAAGACACAGUGACAGCCGUGGCCAUCAAGGGGAUGCAGGAGAGGAUGCCGGGUGGUUUUAACCUUGAAUCUGUGAUCGCCCUCGAACCACAGGCCCUAAAUGCUUUCAUCAACAAGGUGGGCUUCCACAACUUGAAGACGAAAUACAUCAAAAACGCCGCAGAGAUAUUGAGAGACAAGUUCAACUCAGAUAUACCAGACACCAUCCAAGGGUUGACUUCGCUGCCCGGUGUCGGCCCAAAGAUGGCCUACUUGUGUCUGAGUGCUGCAUGGGGAAGGGACGAAGGGAUUGGAGUCGACGUGCAUGUGCACAGAAUCACUAAUCUGUGGGGUUGGCACAAGACAACGAAGCCUGAGGAAACCAGAGCAGCCUUGGAAUCGUGGCUGCCUAAGGGGAAAUGGCACGACAUCAAUAAUCUACUGGUCGGCUUCGGGCAGACGAUCUGCUUGCCGGUCGGUAAGAAAUGCGGCGAAUGUAAGCUCGCUGAUCGAGGAUUGUGUCCGUCCGCGGUCGUUGGGAAAAAGACAAGAGUCAAGAAAGAGAGUCUGCUCGUCAAGACCGAGGAAAAUGACGCAAGCGCAACCUUAAGUGAGACCACAGUGGUGACUCACAAGACCGUCAAGGCCGAGGAGAUCAAGGGUAGUGUGGUUGACAUCGAGGAUAUUGGACGGCAUGCGCGGUAGACACAUCGAUGGUCGGCAUUCCCUCAGUUUAUUUAUUGCAUUCACCCAAAUGUGCAAAAGCCUACCUAGGACUGAAGAG